CCACCCAGCAGCCAGAAGGACGGCCGCAGCUCUGGAGAAGUCAAAGUGAGCUCACACACUGAAAGACGGAUACAAAGAAAGAAAGGAAGACAAAACGCAAAACUUUGCACUGGCUUGUUGAAAACUGCAGGGCUGAUUUGCUGUGCUUCCUGUUUCCAAAGUUGACUCGAGUCGCACUAUAAUAAAUGCAUUGGAUCCGGUGACAGCUUCGACUCAAACACAGCACGAGACUCGACAAACAUGAUUGGACAGGAGAAUGGGAAGAGCCGCCUGCAGCAGGCCCAGGAGGACGUUGAGGAGGUCAAGGUCAUCAUGCUGGACAACCUGAACAAGGCUGAUGACAAAACUGUUAAACUUGGCGACCUGGAGGACAGGGCUGAAGAGCUGCUGGAAAAGAGUAAAUCUUUUGAGAAGACAUCCAACCAGGUGAAGCAAAAGAAAAGAUGGGAGAACAAGAAGAUGAAAGUGGUCUUUAUUGGCAUUGGAGUGGUAGCGGCACUCAUCAUUAUCGUACUUAUAAUCUUUGCUAUUAUUAAUAGCACAGGAUCACAGUAGCUGGUUUGCUGAUGAAUGGAAAAUAAGAUAUUGGGACUGAGGGCCAUGACGAUGACAGGUCCAGGAAAGGAGGAAUGGGACUCUAGAUUCCCGCCUGAACUGCUCAGUGUGUGAUAUUUCUGUUUAAAAAUAUUUAUGGGACUGUCCGUCCCACUCUUCAUUGGUGUAAGUCUUCAGGUGAUAUGGUACCAUUGAUUGCUCAGCUGCUUCGCUGUGUUUUUUUUAUAACUUUUCAAAGGUCAUGUCUCUGUUGGCCAGCUGGGGCUUUUCUGUGUGGAGUUUGCAAGUUCUCCCCGUGUCUGUGCAGGUUAGGUCAGCGACUCUAAAUUGCCCAUAGGUGUGAAUAUGAGCGUGAGUGGUUGUCUGUCUCUAUGUGUCAGCCCUGCGAUUGACUGGUGACUUCUAAGGAUAAGCGGGUAUAGCUAACAGAUGGAUGGAUGGAAGACGGGCCCACAUUGGAAGGACACACAAAUCUUCAAGAAGAUUUAUUAAACUCUUACUUAAAAGGUGCCCGGGCACCAUCCCAACACUUUAAGCAGAACUAUGAACUACUGAUAUUUUUAACCAAACUCCUUUUGUGCUAUAAAUUUGCUUGUACAUAGUGGUUCAGGUUGAAGAGCACCACUAAGAGGAACAGAAAAUUGUCACAGCACACUGAACUGAAGACAGAAUCCAUUUCACAGACCAUUCAAUCGAUGAUUUGGGGAGAGUCAACUGUCCGUGCAAGAAGACAGAGGAGAAACAGAACAGAUGUUAACUUUUGUGAAUAUAUGCCGCUUCAGAUUGGGAAGAAUGUACUGAUGUAUUGUCACAAACAUUUGUUUAAAAUGAAAUGCACCUGAAGUUGUAUCAUUAAAAUGUGUUUGGAUGUGCAAAA